AUGUAUGAUAAUACUACCAAGCAAGCUAUGGGACUCCUGGGAGGGAGCGCUUCUGGCAGGGCCCCUGGGGACUCCACUGCCUCUGGAAGGACCCAUAGGAGAGCCGCUGUCCCUGGGAGGGACCCUGCGGGCGCCACCACCCCUGCGAGUCCCCCUGUUGGUGCCACCGAAUCUCAGAGGGCCCCUGGGGGCGCCACCGGCCCUUGUAGGGUCCCUGGGGACUCCACCGCCUUUGGGAGGUCUCCUACAGGCGCCGCUAUCCCUGGGAAGGACCCUGCAGGCACCACCAGCCCUAUCAGGGCCCAUGAAAGCACCACCGUCCCUAUGAGGGCCCCUGGGGGCGCCAUCGCACCUGGCAAGGCUGCUGUGGAUGCCAUUGUCCCUUGGAAGGUACCUAGGGGAACACUUUCCCCAGGAAAGCCCCUGGAAGAUCCAAUGUCCUUGGGGGCCCCGACACCCAUGGGAGAUCCCCUGGGGACCCCAACACCUCUGGCAUGGCCUCUAGGGACGCUGCACGUGGUAGGCCAAAUGGCACGGACUGAGGCAGUACCGUCUCUGUAG